UGGUCCUGCUCCCCAGUCGGACCGGAUCGGACCCUUCGUGCGGUGCCGCCGCGGCCCGUCGGAAGGAGUCGGGCCUCCGCUUCCCUCUCACCCGCGGCCUCGCAGGAGGCACCUUUGGCCUCUAGUCCUGACGCUUCCGGUCUGAGGCGAGCCCAGGCUGCGCCCUUCUGCUUUGGCAGCAUUGAGGCUUCAGCUCGCCCGCCGGGCCGCGGGGUGCCGAGCAGGACACUCAGCCCGAUCCUCUCGGGCAGGCGUGUCAGCACGAGAAGUCUGAGAAUGGAGUCUAAACCCUCAAGGAUUCCCCGAAGGAUCUCAGUUCAGCCCUCCAGUUCUUCUUUAAGUGCUAGAACAUUGGCUGGAAGCAGUUUAAGUGAUACAUAUGAUACAAGAGAUUCUUCAUUGAGACUGGAAUCUGGAUGUCAGGACUCCCAUCUGUUGCAUGGUUCCAGUAGAAAUUGGGGGAUUGGAGAGAGAGAAGCCCAUGAAACUCCUUGGAAACUUACUACUUCCUCUCCAACUCGCUACUCAGGGACACUUGAUCGUCCAUGGUCUGGAAGAUUUUUGGGAAGCAGAAACAGAUUGUCUGCCUCUUCCUCCUCUCCUUUUACGUCUACUUGGUAUGGUGAAUCUGAGAGAACUCAGGGAGCAUAUUCAAGAAUACAUAACCAGCAGCAGGAUAGUGAUUCAAAGAGACCUAAGCUUUCCUAUACAUCUACCUCUUCUGGGAGAAGUAAUGGUUUGAAUGGAAUUUCAGAUUCCACGUGGCGGUAUAGUCAAGUUCCCAGAUCUUCAUCAGUGGUACUUGGUACUCUGGGAACUGAGCUAGUGAGAGAGAGGGGAGAGUUAGAAAGGAGAACAGACCCAUCUACUAAUAGUCUUGUGGAUUACAGUCACAGGAAUGGUGACUUUUCAUCUUCAACAUAUCUUCAAGACAGACCUGCUUCUUCAUAUGCACAGGGAGCAAGACCAAAAGAUAAUUCAUUGAGCACUUUGAGGCUGAACACAUCCAUGAACCGCCAGUUGCCUUCUGAACAGCAGCCAUCUGUAUUCUCCAGAGACUCUAGCAGGAGCUCUUCAAGAUCCAGUUAUUCUUCAAGGGAAAUGGAGUCUCCUCAAAGGAAUAUACAGCCAGAAGUUACCCCUGUUGCCAUUAGAGAGGAAACUCCUUCCACAAGCAGUUCUGAAAGGGUUACUGCUUCUCAGAGGUCACUGAGUGAGCCUACAUCCGAUCCUGAAGGCAGGCGUACAACCAGACAGCUAUUGUCUCGUUUAGCUUCUAGUAUGUCAUCUACAUUUUUCUCACGAAGGUCUAGCCAAGAAUCGUUAAAUGCAAGAUCAUUAGAUUCUGAGGAUUCACGUGUUGUCCCAAGAGUUCAGGCUUCUACCCCGUCAAGUACUAAUGCAUCUGCAAUUCCUGAGGUUCCAGACAGUCAGACAUCUGAAGCUUCUCAGGGAUUUAGCUUUCUUAGACGAAGAUGGGGUUUAUCAGGGGUUUCACAAAACCAUAGCUCUGAUUCAGAUGCUGAAAGUUACAGACAAGAGUCUGAAAACAGAAAUACAGGGUCUUGGUUAUCAUCAUCUUUAAGGAACAGAUGUACACCACUGUUCUCUAGAAGGAGGAGAGAAGGAAGAGAUGAAUCUGCAAGAACCUCUACCUCUGACAUACCUGCCAGGUCAUUACACCUUUUCAGGAGAAGAGAGUUAGGUGAAGAAACUCAUCUUGAAGCACACAGCAGUUCUUCUGGAGGUGCUUCUAAUAGACCACCAACACCUGCAGUAUCUGGCAGCCCUACAGCUACUGCCUCCACACCAGAUUCAGCCCAUGGUAGAAGUAGUUCGGGAAUGUCUGGAAUUCUACCUGGCUCUCUCUUCCGCUUUGCAAUGCCCCCAGCCCUAGGGAGCAGUCUGUCUGACAAUCUUAUGAUAACUGUAGAUAUUAUUCCCUCAGGCUGGAAUUUGUCUGAUGGGCAAGAAAAUGACAAAUCCAAAAUACCCCCUUCAAGAGAUCCUGAAAGACUCCAGAAAAUUAAAGAGAGCCUCCUUUUAGAGGACUCUGAAGAUGAAGAGGGUGACUUAUGUAGAAUCUGCCAGAUGUCAUCUGCAUCUUCUACAAACCUCUUAAUAGAACCAUGCAAAUGCACUGGAAGUCUGCAGUAUGUUCACCAAGAGUGUAUGAAAAAAUGGUUGCAGUCCAAGAUUAACUCUGGUUCUUCACUGGAAGCAGUAACUACCUGUGAGCUGUGUAAAGAGAAGUUGCAUCUUAAUCUUGAGGAUUUUGAUAUUCAUGAGCUCUAUAGGGCACAUGCAAAUGAACAAGCAGACUAUGAAUUUAUCAGUUCUGGUCUCUACCUUGUAGUGCUUUUACAUUUGUGUGAACAACGCUUUUCUGAUAUGCUGGGAACUGCAAGUGAGGCCAGUACACGUGUUAGGUUUAUUAACCUUGCAAGAACUCUUCAGGCACAUAUGGAAGAUAUUGAAACUUCUGAGGAUGAUUCUGAAGAUGAUGCUGGUCGAACUUUUGACACUUCUUAAAGUUGAAAGAAACAAAUGGAAUUGCUGGAAAGAUGGUGAAUUGGCAAGAAAGUACCAUCAAUGUGCAUUUAUUUUUUGCUUUCUUUAGUAAAAAACACAUUGAAUAUUACUAUAGUUUUAAAAGCAUUGUUGAAUUCAAAAUCUGCUGCACACUGGAACACAAUGAAUACAAAAACUAUUCAGCAUGUGCAAGUUAGAUACACAAAGCUGUUUCCUCUUUAAGAUGACACUGAGGGAUGCUAUGCUUUGUCUGGAAAGAUACCAGAUUUUGAAUGUUUGAGGAACUCAGAUCUUGCUUUGUUACUUUCUUCCUGUAGUCAGAUUUCUGAUUUUGUCUAUCAAGUUUUGCUUCUCUGCUGGCACUAAGUGGUAAUUGUGGGUUUUGGGGUGGAGGGUGGGGAGCCAUGUACUUAAAUAGCAUACAUUUUCCUUUUAAGAAAUGCCUGUGUUAGUCUCUCUCAGUUGCUUCCAGUGUUAACAUAGGAUGAAUGAGGGGAUGAAUGGCUACUGUAAAGCUACGAUGUUUGGUUUCCAAAUUUUAUUUGAAGAGUGUUUAAUUCAAACAGCAAUAAGACUUGCAAGGGGCCUCUAAUAUUUAGUGUUGAUGAUGGCUUUUUUAUGUACUGAUUUGGAAAUUGGAGAUUAUAUUUGAUAUUAUGUGGAUAUUCCAGUAAGGAAUAUUGCAGCGGUAACCAUGCAUUUCAGCAUUCCUGGCAGAAAUGCAACUUGAUAACAUUUAAAAUCUUAACUAAGCUGUUUAGUUUAACAAAUAUUUUUUAGAUCCCACAUUCACUGUUAAAGCACUGGUUAUCUAUGUGUUUUCUAGUGUUGUCACUUCUUUAUAAAUAAAGAUAAUGAUGAGAUGCACACUA